CAAAAAGUAAUUUCUUAAUUUUCCACUAAGAAAUUAAAAUGGCAAAUAAUGUCAAUUUAGCAUUGGGAUUUAUAAUUGGUUUGUGUACAUUUUUCUCCAGUGCAAAUGGUUUCUCAGCAGAUUCUGGAUGGACAAGUGCUCAUGCCACAUUUUAUGGUGGAGCUGAUGCUUCUGGCACAAUGGGAGGUGCUUGUGGAUAUGGUAAUUUGUAUUCAACAGGAUAUGGUACUAGAACAGCAGCAUUGAGUACAGCAUUGUUCAAUGAUGGAGGAUCAUGUGGUCAAUGUUACAAAAUAAUUUGUGAUUACAAAUUAGAUCCUCAAUGGUGCAAAAAGGGAGUAUCAGUUACAAUUACAUCUACAAAUUUUUGUCCACCAAAUUAUAAUCUUCCUAGUAACAAUGGAGGAUGGUGCAACCCUCCACGUCCACAUUUUGAUAUGGCUCAACCAGCUUGGGAAAAAAUUGGCAUUUACAAAGGUGGCAUUGUUCCUGUUUUAUACAAAAGGGUACCUUGCAAGAAGCAUGGUGGAGUUAGAUUCACAAUAAAUGGAAGAGACUAUUUUGAACUAGUGUUGGUAAGCAAUGUAGGAGGGGCAGGAUCUGUUGAAUCAGUUCAAAUCAAAGGCUCAAACACAAAUUGGCUAACAAUGUCAAGAAAUUGGGGAGCAAGUUGGCAAUCAAAUGCAUAUCUUGAUGGACAAUCAAUAUCAUUCAAAGUUACUACUAGUGAUGGUGUCACAAAAACAUUCUUAAAUAUUGUUCCAUCUAGUUGGAAAUUUGGCCAAACAUUUUCAAGCAAAACUCAAUUCUGAUUUGUUAAAUGUUCGGUGAAUACGUUUUUAAUCAGAGGUCUUGAGUUUAUAGGGCAGCGGCAUGCUUACUUUUUACAUCAAGUAGCCCUCCCCAAAAAAAGAAUCAUUCUUAUUGAGGUAUAUUUUUGAGGAGUUGUUGGUUAAGUAAGCACAUGAAUGAACUAUAGUCCAAAUAAAGAUAGUGAAAAAAUUAGAAAUAACUAAUUAUUGGUGUAAGUAGGGGUAGUUCAAAAAAUUGUAUUUUUUUACUAUAUGAAAGGAUGAAUAAGAUAAGUUUGUUUAAGCUACAUC